AUGUUCCGUCACCUCUUCGGUUCCACUUCUCUCCAUCCUGGUGAGUUUUAAGGUGGUUUUUAAGGCGGUCUGUCUCUGUUCCUUCUCAGGUGAUGGGACGCUCAGAGUCUGGGAUGUGAAGAGCGCCGUUUGCCGAUUGGCUAUCCCAGCGCACAAGGCUGAGAUCCUGAGCUGUGAUUGGUGCAAAUAUGACCAGAACGUUGUUGCCACAGGCUCAGUCGACUGCACUGUUCGUAUCUGGGACCUGAGGAACGUCCGCCAACCUGUCAAUCAACUGCUGGGCCACACCUACGCCAUCCGCAGACUCAAGUUCUCUCCGUUCUUUAAGGCGGUUCUGGCGUCCUGUUCGUACGACUUCACCGUCAGGUUCUGGGACAUUGGGUCGGACCGUCCUCUGUUGGACACAGUGGAACAUCACUCUGAGUUCGUCUGUGGGCUGGACUUUAACCUGCACGUCCCAAACCAGGUGGUCGACUGUUCCUGGGACGAAACCCUGAAGGUCUACUCACCGUCCUGUCUGUCCGCCGCCGCCGCCAACUGAGCCGACGCACCAUGGACGGAGAACACGAGUAUGUCCUGGACCGAACCGAACCGAACCGAACCGAACUGAACCGAACCGAACUGAACAGUCAGUGUCUGUCAGUUCCACCUGGGGACAGUUUAGAUGAAACCAGCUGGUGCAGGUCUGAGGAAGGGAGAAGGAAGACCUGGUCCAGACCUUCAGAUCUGGUCCUGUCCUUUGGCCCUGGUCCAGAUUUUCAGAUCUGGUCCAGACCUCCUCCUCAGGUCCAGCAGGUUCUAGUGUCCAGGUGGACCUUCUGAACACGUCUGGGUUUCUGUGAUAAUAAUGUAAACGUUAACAGUUAAUAAUUAUAUGGAUUAUUGAUUAUCAGGUCUAAACCCGAACCGGUCCAACAUACGGUCUGUGGACCAGAACCAGCCUCUAAAGAGUCCAGUCUGGUCCAUGAAACAGACAGAGGACCCAGACCCAGAUGAUCUGAAGUGGAUCAGAACCAGUAAAAUAAGAACAGAAUCAACUAGAAAUAACAA